AUGUUCGGCUGCUGCGUCGCAGGACGACUCCUACAGACAAACUUCCAACAAUUGGACGAGACACACGCUGCAUUUGAGCUUCCGAAUGCGGAGACGAUAAAUCACAUCUGUGUUUUCCUCCUGGGUACAGUACCCUUCCCGGAUGGCUAUGGGGCAACAGUGCACUUUUUCUGGCCUGGGAAGGGCUUCCAGCUUCUAGGAAUGCUCACGAACGAAAAACCUUCGGCGAUCUUCCGCCUCCGAGGCAACUUCUCCUCACAAUCCUCCGACACACAUGCAAUCUUCAGCGGCGCAAGCACACCUAUAGCGGAUGUCAGCCCACAUGGCGUCACCGCCAUGCUCGGACUUGCAAUUGAACCUCUGGAUCAGAUCGUGCAGCAGGUCUCCUCGUUGCCGUCGCAAGUCUCCACACGGCGCGACCCCGUAGCUGACGCAACGCUCAUGGCAGAGCGUAUCGUCAAACACCUUUUCAACUACGUCUCCGGCUUCGCUGGCGGAAGCGCACUCACGCCUGAGGUCACGAUCCCCCUGGGGACGAUCAUUCGAUGGUACGAAUCGUUCGUGUCGAGAGUCAAGAACAGCGGUGUAGGCUUUUUGGAGAACCCGGAACUGUGA